AUGGAUGGAAAAGAUACGAGAAUUUGGGAGAAUCCUUGGAUCUCACAUGGAAAGGAGUUUUAUCCUAAGUCGAAUGGUGUUAUAGUUUUGGGUGGGGGUGGACCUUCCGAUCAGGGUAAGGAUAGGUGGAUUUGGACCAAGAAGAGUAAUGGGGGCUUCUCGUGUAAAUCGGCUUAUCUUAUCCAAGCUUUAGAUAGGGCUCCUCAUUAUGAAGUUGCACCGUCCGUCUGGAAUAAAAUGUGGAAUAGUAACAUAUUGGAAUGCCAUAAGAUAUUGUGGUGGUGUAUCCUCUCUAAGGCCUUCCCAGUUCGUGUUGUUCUUUCUAAGAGACUCCAUUUAGAGGAUGUGGCCUGCCCCUUGUGUGGGGGUGAUGAGGAAACGAUAGAGCACUUAUUUCUCUCUUGUAAUUUGGCUUUUUAUUUAUGGCAUUCAUCCCCGUGGGGUAUAUUCCCCAUUUCUGGGUCUGGCAUUCAAAUGUGGGACUGGGUUAAAUUCAUCAGGCCACUAGGAAAACAAAGCAUUAAUACAGAUGAAGUGUUUCUUUAUGCUUCGAUUAUCGUUGAUAUAAUUUGGCGAACUCAAAAUGACAAGGUACACAAUAGAAGACUGGUUAAUAUAAAUCAUUGUAUUGACUCUAUUCAUUACUCUUAUGAAGAUUACAGAGCCUCUAUUUUCCCUACUCCUUCUCCGUGUCUGGUAGUUGGAUGGCAGCCUCUCCCUCAAGAGUGGAUUAAGUUUAAUUGUGAUGUUAAAGUGGGGAUGGAAAGCAAGUGCAUUGCGGUUGUGGCUAGAAACCACCUUGGAGUGGUGUGUGGGUCGGGUGCAUAUGGCUAG